AGACUAACCGCCAGCGAUUCCCAAACUCAAAAUGGAUCGCCUCUCAACUGAACUCCUCUCCAUGAUCGCAGCGGAAGCUGCUGCGUCUGGACCACAAAUUGACAUCAACACAGUCUUCGAUGUCUGGGACUCUGAUGACACGUUGAAAAUUCCCCGAACGUUAUCACGAGAUAAUUCCCUUGCUCCAUUCGCCGCCGUUUCACACAAUUGGCAGCUCGCUUUUGAACCGUUCACUUUUCAUACCCUUGUCAUCUCGCCGAAGAGGCUGGUUGAGGCGGCACAGCACGGGUAUCUCACUCAACGACGGCUGGGGUAUGUUCGCUUUAUCGCAGUUCUCAUCGCCUUUCCGCUUCCGCGACCGUGGGAUACUCCCAUUGUAUUCCCCCCAGAACUGGAUAUAAGAAAGGACCUUUUCAGAGCCAGAGGUGAUACCGGAGAUGUCUCAUCCGAGGAUGAGGUCGAAGGAGUUGAAGAAGACGACGUUGAUGGCGACGGUGACUAUAUUACUAGCGUAAUCGACUUCCCCCAUCCAAGAGACAGAGGCUACGAUAGAGUAUUCGCCAAGAUGAUAAGAAUUCUCUUCAGCACCCUCAAAUUGGCUCCUGUCCACGAGAAUCACCAACCAUACAUCGAUAUACGGCUCGGCUUCCCAGUCCCUCGGGAAUACGGACUGAGCCGCAUUUCCGGCCCUGAAGAGAUGGAAGCAAAUACCCUAGAAGGCCCUUGGCUUACAACUGUCUAUCUCGGUAUGAACCACGACGGUGAGGAGCUACCAGAAUUGCCGUCCAUAGCUUCAUGCAGUUUUGAACUCGUCUCGUGGAGUUUAUGCUUCGAACCUCACACGGCAUGCAUCAUUGGAAGCAAGAUGCCGUGUCUGAAGAAACUCAAACUUCAUCUUAGCGAUAGAGAGUUAAAAAACAAAGGUCUUAGAAAUGAGCUGAGAAAGAGUAAGGUCUCCAUGGGCUACACACCUGAGUCGCUGACAGUUCUGUAGAGCUCGCAAAUUCGCUGUCUAUCUUGCCACAGAGCAUCUACGACUUCGAUUUUCAUUAUUCACGAGGUAUAUCACGGGAUCACUCGCACAUACCCACGAGUAUACUAGAUCCAGAAGAAAACUCCGAUCACCUUAGCCAAGCGCUCUUCAACUUCUCGCAGCGAGAGAACACAACGCGAUUCUCGGCGAAGGGAAGUUUCGAACUGACUAUAAUGGGACCAUCAGAAGAAGCUCUGUCUGGCUGUCUUGGCUGGUCGAAACUCGAAUACUAUGAGAUCGGGUUUCUUGCGAUAACCCCCGCUGGAAAGUGGCUCGCGGUACCCUAUAAGGACGAUCCGAACACUGACAUUUUCAAAACCAAACGAUGGGGUGCACCGAGUGGGCGGUCGCGAGGUUAUUUCUCAAGUUUCGUCGUCAAUGAAUUCAGAGGUCCAAUUGAUCCAGACUAUGCACAUGAACUACUCUGCGCGGCAGGACAGGCAGCUUCUCACAUGCCCCGGCUACAACGAAUGGUUAUCAAUGUCGGUGUGAUCGGGGGCUACAGGGUCUCUUACAACAGCGCCAAAGUUGAGCCUUGCAUGAGAAUUGUUGGGAAGAAGCUGCAGCCGCCGAUGGAAGACAUGCUUCGAAUUUGGCGUCGCAUAGCGAAUGAGCAUGAUCACAAGUUCGUCCUUCGUUGGAAGGACACAGCCAAAAUAAAAACGAGAAUGGAAAAUUUUGAGUAAUUUGGUCAUGGGAUUUCUGUAUUAAGAUCAUAGAUGAUAUAUGAGAAUCAAUGGGUAUCAAUGUUGCUGGUCGGGUCCCGUGUUUGCCCCUGGUAGAUGAACUGUCCUUAAUCCUGAACUCCUCCCAAUGAUAUGCUGUAUUGCAAAUGAG